UUAGCAGACGAACCUAAAAAUGCAUUUGUAUUGAUUUGCUCUAAUGGGUAACCCUUCCCUUCAGUGUGUCCUAGAGCACGCAAGAUCCGAUACCCAUAAAGACAUACAAACCGAGCCCCAUUUCUCCGCCUCUUUACAUCUGCCCCUCCACGAACCGCCUUUUAACCAAGACCCAAUCUCUACAUAUCAUGCCGAUCAAACCUGAGCACCAUACUUUCUCUUCAGCUAUCUUCAUUUGCGUCUAUUCCUCAGUUUGUUCAGCAAUCCACUGAUUGCUUUCUCACUAAGAAGAGAAAAUAUUAUACUAUCAUCUCUUCCUUUUGGGUUAUCAAUCUAAUUCACCGGUUUUUCUUUUUUGAUCUAUCUGUGUAUCAUUUUGAUCUGAAACGUCAGGGUAUUGGUGAUUCUAUGCACAUCUAUUGAUACCCUUUUGUGGUAAUUUUAUAGUUCUUUUACUUUUACAGGAAUGGGUAUUUUAGGAGUUGGCAAGUUGCCACACCUGAAUUUUGAAUCUUGAUCUUUCAUAUGGAUUUAUUUGAUGCUAUUUUAAGGAUUGUGAGCAAUUUCAUUCAUUCUGAUGGGACCAGAGCAAUCUGCUCGUUAACUAAGAGGAUUAUGUUUUUAGUCGCUUAUAUUGUUUUUAUGCAUAUCUUGAACUUUAGGACUCUGGUGACUAAAUGUGAAUCCCUCAAUGAACAUAUUCUACCAAUCGUUGCUCUUUUCUAUUUAUAGAACGACUAAGUUUAAUGAAGCAAUACCUUCACCAUUGUUGGACUGGAUUUUGGUGUUAGUGACUUGUAGGUUAAUGUUUAAGAUUUAGAGUCUCUAGCCUUAGAGAACACCUAAUUUGUUUUAAAAUAAACAAAUUUAUCUAUGCUGGAAAGAAGUGGGCCUGAAAAUGGAUAUAGAUGAUUCAUAUAGUCGACUUCAACUAGUUUAGAAAUCAGUGUUGUUGAUUGAUUCCGUCUUUUUAAUAAUAUUUUCUGUGGUAACAUACUUGGAAAUUUGAUAAGUAUGAAUAAGGUCAAUUACGCUUAAGGGUCUAAUGGCUUAUCACUGUCAUGGUCAUGGUCACUGCAAGAAGUUGUUGCUCCAAGCUAUUUCUAUGACACUGACUUUGUGUUGGCAAUAGGUAUCACUUGAGGUAUAUAGCGGUGCAGGAGACUGGUUGUUUGUAGUCAACUCUUGCGAAGAUUUACUCUCUAACAGUUUGAGAUUGUGUUGAGAACUCCACCUUACUAUUAGUAUUUCAAGCAUCAGUUCAUUUGCUUUCUUGGGUUAAAAAACUCUUCUAAGUGGACAAGCAAUUAUAGAUGGAGCUAUCAAGUUGAUAUUGACUAAUGUACCUUGCAGGUUUUCUUUUGUUAGACUUUCAACAUCAAGAGCCUCACAUAUGGAGGGAGUUGUGCAUUAAUAUUUAGCAUAACCUUUGAGCACUAAUUACCCAUACUAAGAAGAUAUAGGGGAGGAGGAAAUAUUAAUAGCCGCACUUGAGAAAUGUAUGAUUAGGUGUUUGCAUGGAUAACAUAUGGUUUACGCCACUACACGUCAUCCAUUUUAUGUAGGAUCGGAGGGUUUUUUAUUUGCAUCUAUUUUUACACUGUAUUGCUUUGUGAUCAUAUGGCUUGUAACUAAACAAUACUGAUAAAGGAAACAAGUAGGAGCAUCAUUGAAGUUAUGUUAAUACAAAAGAGCAGUCCGGUGCGCUAAACUCCCUCUAUGCACCGAGUCGGGGAAGGGCCAGACCACUAGGGUUUAUUGUAUGCACCCUUAACCUACAUUCCUACAAGAGGUUGUUUCCACAGCUCGAGCCUUUGACCUCCUGGUCACAUGGAAACAACUUUAGUAUUUGCGCUAGGGCUCCUCUUAUGAAGUAUUAUUGUUUUUUGAAAAAUAAUUAGUACUGAAUCUGGUUGUUCGAUUUAGGCUAUCUGUUGUUUAAGAUUUUAAGUCACGCUAUUCCCUACCUUUUUCCUGUGUCUCACUCUCCCACUCUCGUUGGAUUAAUGCUCUUAACCUUGUUUAUAGAUGUAGCUUUGCAUAUACGAAGGUGACGUUCUCUUGGUUUGUUGAUAGUAAGAAAAUUCUUAUUCUAUUAGAUGCAACUCCAGGUUCUCAUAUCUUUUACUCGAGUUUUAUUUAGCAAUUGUGCGUAAUUCAAAAUUUUCUUUUUUUUGUGGUGAUAAGGGAUGUUGAGAAGGCUGUUUUUUCUCUAACUUGGCAGCACAUGUGGUUAUAUUGAUAAUGUGUCCAUUAUCCAAGAAACUAGUAUAUAAUAGAUUGAAGAUAAUUUGUCUACGGCAUAGGGCACUUUUUUUAAUCAUUGAAGGACUUAGAUUGCAAUUUCAACUUGAAGUUGUGAUUUCCCCCCUGUUUUUAUAUAUGGGCUGAGGUACAUAUUUAUGGGACGUGCAGAGGAUGAUGAACCACCAUCAAAACGUGUGAAAGUAUCCUCCAGAAAAUCCGGAGAUCUUUCAAAGAGUACACUUCUGAGUGAUCCUGCAAGUCGCUCACUGGAUGACUUGAUGGCUCGCCCCCUGGUUUGUCAAGGGGACGAUGAUGUUGUUGGUGCAAAAAGGGUUGUUAAGAAAGUUGAAUUUGUGCGAAUUCUAGCAGAGGCAUUAUAUUCUCUUGGUUAUAACAUAACUGGUGCACUUCUAGAAGAAGAGUCUGGGAUACCUUUGCAAUCUGCUGUAGUAAAGUUAUUUAUGCAGCAAAUCCUUAAUGGUAAAUGGGAUGAAAGUGUAGCCUCUUUACAUAAAAUUGGUCUAAUGGAUGAAAAAAUUAUUAAAUUGGCAUCAUUUGUGAUAUUGGAGCAGAAGUUUUUUGAACUGUUGGAUGGAAACAAUAUCAUGGAUGCUCUAAAGACAUUGAGAACUGAGAUUGGAUCUCUUUGCAUAAACAAUGAUAGAGUCCGUGAGCUUUCUUUAUGCAUUUUAUCACCUUCACAGCGGGUUGGUCAAGAUGUUGUGAGAGCAAAUUCACGAACAAAGCUCCUUGAGGAAUUGCAAAAAUUGCUUCCCCCCACAGUCAUAAUUCGUGAACAGAGAUUGGUACAUCUCGUCGAACAGGCUCUUGACUUGCAACUAGAUGCUUGUAGAUUUCACAACUCUUUGGUAGGUGAGAUGUCUUUGCUCACUGAUCAUCAGUGCGGAAGAGAUCAAAUUCCAUCUCAAACUUUGCAGAUAUUACAAGAUCACAGUGAUGAGGUAUGGUUCUUACAGUUCUCCCAUGACGGAAAAUACUUGGCCUCGUCAGCUGCUGAUUGUUUGGUGAUCUUAUGGGAGGUGAAAUUGGAUGGUUUAAUCUGCGUGAAGCACCGGUUUUCUGGUCACCAGAAACCUGUCUCCUAUAUGUCAUGGAGCCCUAAUGACCAUCAACUUCUCACCUGUGGAGUAGAGGAAGUUGUCAGACGGUGGGAUGUUGAAUCAGGCGAUUGUAUACAUAUUUACGAAAAAAAUGGUCUUGGUUUGAUCUCGUGUGGAUGGGCUCCUGAUGGGAACAGGAUAUUAUGUGGUGUUUCAGAUAAAAGCAUUAGCCUGUGGGAUCUUGAAGGGAAAGAGUUGGAGAGUUGGAAAGGCCAUCGAACUAUUAGAAUAUCAGACUUGGGGAUAACUAGUGAUGGGAAGCAUGUAGUCUCUGUUUGUAGAGACAAUAUGAUACUAUUAUUUGGAUGGGAAUCAAAAGCAGAGAAAGUAAUUCAGGAGGAUCAAACAAUUACUUCGUUUGUAUUGUCCACAGACAACAAGUAUUUAUUAGUCAGCCUUUUGAAUCAAGAAAUACAUCUGUGGGAUAUAGAGGGCACUGUCAAACUCAUAUCCAAAUAUAAUGGGCAUAAACGUUCACGCUUUGUUGUAAGAUCUUGCUUUGGCGGACUGGAUCAAGCAUUUAUUGCCAGUGGAAGUGAGGACUCACAGGUUUAUAUAUGGCACAAAAGCUCAGGAGAACUUGUUGAGACAUUGGCUGGACAUUCUGGAACAGUCAACUGUGUUAGCUGGAACCCAGCAAAUCCUCAUAUGUUGGCAUCUGCAAGUGAUGAUCAUACUAUUCGCAUAUGGGGCUUGAAUCAAGUAGACGUUAAACAUAAUGAGACAGUUAGUAAUGGUGUACAUUACUGCAAUGGGGGAACUUAGACGUCUGGAAGGCAAAGUAGGGUAAUGUAAAGUUAACUAGAUCCCUUUUCUUUACCAUUUCUUUCUAUGUAGAUUCUUUUACAUCAAUGUCAAGUGAACAUUUAUGACAAGCAGGAAUGUGAAAUCUACAUUAAGUCCGGCAGUAAAUGUGUAUUCUAGUUUUUUAUUG